AUGUAUCAGGCCAGCAACGUCUAUUUCAUUUGCGGCUUUGCCGCCAUUGGCGGCGGCCUCUUCGGCUUCGACAUCAGUUCCAUGUCAGGCGUGCUCGGCACCCAGGCGUACAAGCGCUACUUCAACAACCCGGUGUCGUACGCGCAGGGCGGCAUCACGGCGUCCAUGCCGGCCGGCAGUCUAGUCGGCUCGCUUCUGUCCUCCUUCAUCGCCGACAAGUACUCGCGAAAGGUCGCCCUGCAGAUCUCGUGUGUGCUCUGGAUCAUCGGCUCCAUCCUCAUGACGGCUUCACAGAACGUUGCCAUGCUGUGUGUGGGCCGUGUCAUCUGCGGUCUCUGUGUCGGUAUUGCCUCGUCGAUCGUGCCUGUGUACCAGGCCGAGAUUGCGCCCAAGGAGAUUCGUGGUCGUGUUGUCUCGCUGCAGCAGUGGGCCAUUACCUGGGGUAUUCUGAUCCAAUACUUCAUCCAGUUCGGCGCUGCCGAGGGCAUUGGCGGCGGUUCCAAGGACCCCAACCAGCCGACGGCCGCGUUCCGCAUUCCCUGGGGUAUCCAGAUGGUCCCCGCCUUCAUCCUCCUCGUUGGGCUUUACUUCUUCCCCUACAGCCCGCGUUGGCUGGCGUCCCAAGAUCGCUGGGAUGAGGCCAUCCGCGUGCUCGCCAACCUGCACGGCAAGGGCGACGUUAACCACCCCAAGGUGCUAGCGCAGUACCAGGAGAUCGAGGAGGCGCUCAAGUUCGAACGCGAGCAGGCCACUUCGUCCUUUAAGGAACUCAUUGCGCCGCGCAUGCUCAAGCGUGUUGCACUUGGUAUGAGCAUUCAGAUGUGGUCUCAAUUGUGUGGCAUGAACAUCAUGAUGUACUACAUUGUCUACAUCAUGGAGGGCGCCCAGAUUGCGUCCCCCCUCGCAACUGCUUCGAUCCAAUACGUGAUCAACGUCGUGCUGACUCUGCCCGCUAUCAUUUUCCUCGACAAAUGGGGCCGUCGCCCGUCCCUGAUUCUUGGCUCCUUUGGCAUGAUGACCUGGCUCUUCAUCUCUGGUGCCCUCCAGCAAUACUACGGCCAGCCAAACACCGACGAAACCCGCAACUCCGAAAACGGCGACAUCACCUGGAUCGUGCUCAACAACCGACCCGUCUCCUCCGCCAUCGUCUCCUGCUCCUACCUCUUCGUCGCCACCUUCGCAACCACCUGGGGUCCCGUCUCCUGGACCUACCCAGCCGAGAUCUUCCCCAGCAAGGUGCGCGCCAAGGCCGUGUCCCUGUCCACAGCGGCCAACUGGUUCUGGAACAUGGUACUCGCGUUCGGCGUGCCGCCGCUGCUGUGGAACAUCUCGUACAAGAUGUACUACAUCUUUGGCGCGUUCAAUGCUGCCGCGUUUGUGCACAUGACGCUGAUGGCGCCCGAGACGAAAGGGUACACGCUCGAGGAGAUGGACGAUGUGUUUGACUCAGGCCGGCCGGCGUGGAAGCGGCAUAAGAAGAGCAGCCGGUUGGAGGAGCUGGAGAGGGAGAUUGAGGCUGGUAACGUUAAGGUUUCUGUUCCCCUGGGUCGCUCGACCGCGGCGACUCAGCACGAGACUGCUCCCGCGCCCGCUACCGAGUCGGAGAAGAAGGCUGAGCCGACGACCACGUCGACUUAA